CGAAGGCUGUAUGCCCCAGGGAGGAAGAAGACGAGGAGGAAGAAUACAGGAGACCUGUCACCUUCACGCUGGGAAAUGAGAUACUGGGACUGGGCCCAGAGACCGAGUUUCAGAACCCUGAUGCUGAGGUCUAUAUGCACUUCUUGAGGAGCCACUGCUGCUAUGAUGCCAUCCCCACCAGCUGCAAGCUCGUUGUCUUUGACAUCUCCCUGGAGCAGAUCAAGAAAGCCUUCUUGGCACUGGUGGCCAACGGGGUUCGUGCCGCCCCUCUCUGGGACAGCAAGACGCAGAGCUUUGUGGGGAUGCUCACCAUCACCGACUUCAUCAACAUCCUCCACCGCUACUACCGCUCGCCUUUGGUUCAGAUCUACGAGGUGGAGGAGCACAAGAUUGAGACCUGGAGAGAGGUGUACCUGCAGGGCUCCCUCAAGCCACUGGUCUACAUCUCUCCGAGCAAUAGCCUCUUCGAUGCUGUCUACUCCCUGAUCAAGCACAAAAUCCACCGCCUGCCUGUCAUUGAGCCUGUCUCGGGCAAUGUCCUGCACAUCCUGACGCACAAGCGCAUCCUCAAGUUUCUCCAGAUCUUUGCUUCUACCAUCCCCAAGCCACGCUUCCUGAAGAAAACAGUGCAGGAACUGUGCAUUGGCACCUUCCGUGAUCUGGCCGUCGUGGCUGAGACUGCCCCAAUCUACACUGCCUUGGAGAUUUUUGUGGAUCGCCGUGUCUCCGCCUUGCCUGUCAUCAAUGAUGCUGGGCAAGUGGUUGGCCUGUACUCGCGGUUUGAUGUCAUUCAUCUGGCAGCACAGAAGACCUACAACAACCUGGACAUCAGCGUGAGGGAAGCACUGCGGCAACGCAGUGUCUGCCUGGAGGGGGUCCUCACCUGCUACCCCCACGAACCUAUGGAGGACAUAAUUGACCGCAUUGCCAAGGAGCAGGUCCAUCGCCUGGUUCUGGUGGAUGAGAACCGGUACCCGCGGGGCAUCGUCUCCCUCUCUGACAUCCUGCAGGCCCUUGUGCUCACUCCUGCAGGUAUUGAUGCUCUUAACUCUUAGCCCACGGUGCUCCAUCUUUCUCCACUUGCACCCUCAGUUUCUCUCCACUUCAGGCAUCGAUCGAUCCUCACUCUGAAGACACCAGGGAAAUGCCACUGUCUUGUCUGACUUGGGGAUCUCUAGUGUGACCUGUAAGAAGGAGGCUUGGGCCCGAAGGCUCUCUGUGGGGAGGACAUGCCUGUUCACCCCGGUCCUCGGGCUCGUCUUGAGUCCAGGUCUAGAUCCUGCUGGUCUUGGAGAGGCAGAAACACUGAAAAUGGGACCCAGGGGUGCCUCCAGCCAGCGAGCACACAGUGAUGCUCAGUGGGCGCUGUGCUGGAGGGGCUGCAACAUGCCUGCAGCUGGGCAGGGACCCAUAUAGCCCCAGAGGACCUGGCCACCCUCUGCUGUCCUGCUGAUGGAUCUGAGCGUUUCUAUUGUGGCUCCCUCCUGGUGAACACAGUCCCGCUGUCUGUGCUCGGUGCCUGGUAGCGUAGGCUCAGCUGCACACACAGGCUUUUUUAUUUUAGGGUCACACGGGGAGCUCUCUGGCAGAGGCACAGUCUGUGCCAGAGCUGGCAGCAGGAUGGGCACUUGCAUGGAGACCCUGUGCACGUUGUGGGGUGGGCAGGGGUUAUUUAUUUAUUUAAUUGUUAGUCUGUUCAGCCUUGCUGUAACAAAACAGCCUGAUCCAAGAAA